GCCAGCGCCGCAUCACCAACGCAACAACACCACGAUCACAAUGCCGCCCAAAGCGCCCCUCAAUUGGGGCUUACUACCGCCCUCCUUCCUUCUCCCCUCAUCAGCGCGCUCCCUCCUCCAGCAAAAUGCGCAACAAAUAUCCUCAAGACCCGUCAUCGCAUACACAUCGAUCCGAACCAUAAAAUCCACAUUCACACCCAAACCCGACCGCUUCGCACACCACCCUACGCGAGAAGCCCUCACCAGCACAUCAACCGCAGCACUCGAGCGAAAAGCCCACAGCACGCCCCUGCGAACCGGUCUACUCGCCUUGAAAAAGGGCAUGACAUCCAUCUACGAACCCGAAACAGGGAAGCGCACAGCAUGCACAGUUCUGCAACUCGACCGCAAUGAAGUUGUGGCGCACAAGCGGAGAGACAAGAACGGGUACUGGGCUGUGCAAAUCGGCGCUGGGCAGAAAGAAGCGCGGAAUGUGACAAGGCCUAUGUUGGGACAUUUUGCGGGUGCGGGCGUGAGUCCCAAGAGGUGGGUUGUUGAGUUCAAGGUUAAGGAUGAGGAGGGGCUGGGUGUCGGUGUGGGGGAGAUGGUGGGCGCGGGGUGGUUUACAAAGGGCCAGUGGGUGGAUGUUAAGGCGAUAAGUAGGGGGAUGGGAUUCGCUGGUGGCAUGAAACGGCACGGCUUCGGUGGUCAACCAGCUUCUCACGGUCAAUCGCUCAUGCAUCGUGGUAUGGGUUCUGCCGGAGGUUCACAGGGCUCAGGUUCGCGUGUGCUGCCUGGAAAGCGUAUGCCGGGUAACAUGGGAAACGAGAGUGUGACGGUGAAGAACUUGAGGGUGCUGCAGGUUGAUGAGCCGAAUGGUAUCGUGGUUGUUCAAGGUUGCGUUCCUGGACCAAAGAACCAGAUCAUCCGUGUUCAGGAUGCGAGGGGGAAGCCAUGGCCGAAGGGCCCUAUGUCGACGGCUGAACUCAAGCCAGAGCAAGUUUUGGCUGAGGCGGGUGUACCUGAUGCUACGGAGGCGACGACAGUCAGUGCCUAGAGAUAUAUAAAUUAGAGGAGGGAGGAGGCACUGUACCAUACGACAGGACAAGGUACUUUGGUUUAGAUGUGGAGCGGCAUGUAUUUGGCGAACCAGCACGAGUGUACGAGUAUGUAUACGUUAUGUUUGCGGUAGGUGAGGUGUUGACACAAUGGUAGUGGUGCCGUUCCGCCACACCUAGGAAUGAAAUAAGAAAGAACCAUCAUAUUACCAAGUCAUUACACAUUUACA